GUGAAGGUAUAAGUUGGGCCGCAGCCUAUCAGGGUCAUAAAAUUUGGAUGCCAGAAGACAGGAGCUUUUUGUGGCGGGCUUUACCCAAUGGCUGCUCUCGAGAAACCAGCCGAAACCGUCGUUGACGAUGCUAAUCCCCCUACCGCGAACCGUCAGCGCCGAGAAGCAUAUACGGUGUUUUCGGGUGCAACUAAGAUCUAUCUUACCUAUUUUCUUGGCUUUACCAUGAUCCUAUCAACCCUGACGGCAACGAUCUACUUCCCUCUCAUUCCUAUGCUUGGCGAUCAAUUCAAUGUUUCUAUUCAAGCCAUAAACCUUACCAUUACCGUUUACGCGAUUGUCCAGGCCGUAUCACCGGGGAUAUUCGCCUCCGUUGCUGAUUCGUUCGGACGGAGGCCUGUUCUCUUACUCCUCGUCGCUUUGUACGCCCUAGGGAGCCUGGGCCUUGCGCUCAACAAGAACAAUUACGCUGCCCUAAUUGCACUACGUGCAUUGCAGAGUAUCGGCGGUUCCGCGAUACCAACUCUCGCGUACGGAAUUGCCGCUGAUGUGGCGCCUACAGCUGAGCGGGGACGUAUGCUCGGACCCAUGUUAUCAACUUGCAAUGGAAUCUCCGCUGUAGGUCCUGUAAUUGGAGGCGCCAUAACAUUAGGUACUAGUGGUAUACAAUGGGUUUUCUGGGCGCUUCUCAUUAUCUCUGCCCUUUGCUUUUUGGUGGCUGGCUUUACGCUGCCUGAGACAGCCCGCUGCGUUGUCGGCAAUGGCAGUAAGCCUGCUGUGGGUAUUUGGAAGACAUGGUGGUCCUUGACUCGACGCAAGUCCGAAAAGACAGAACCUGCCUCGGAAAACUCCUGUGCCGGAGUUAUUGAGAGGGAGAAGUGGCGGCCACUAACGGCCCUCGCAUCGCUUCGCAUCAUAUUCUACAAAGAUGCCUCUGCUGUGUUAUGGAUGGUGGCUUUGACGUAUUCAAUCUACUAUACAUUCCAAGUUGCAAUCCCCGUCAUCUUCGCGGAUAUCUACUCAUAUAAUGAGCUUGAAAUAGGUCUUGCUUUUCUCCCGGGAUUGGCUGGGAUGACGAUCGGUGGCAUCAUUGCUGGGAAGCUUGUAGAUUUAAAUUACGCCGUUGUGGCAAAAAAGCACAACUUCUGUACGGACAGCGAUCGGCGUUCUUUAGGAGACUUCCCAAUUGAAGCGGCAAGGUACCGCAACUGUCUAGUGUUUGUUAUUGGUGAGACCAUUCUGGUCAUUGGCUACGGGUGGGCGGUACACUAUCAGGUGCAUCCGGCAGCCCCUAUUGUACUACAAUUCUUCAUCUGCGCAGCGUCUACACUAUUGAGUCAUACAGCGAGCGCCCUAUUGGUCGAUAUAUUCCCAGAGAAAUCGAGCACUGCAUAUGCAUCUGGCCAGAUCAUGAGGUGUGGGGUCAGUGCGGCUUCAGCUGCUGUUCUUCAGCCAUUAGUUAAUGUGCUAGGAUACGGGUGGUAUUUCACAUUGUUCGCUCUCUUUGUGGGGGUCUUCGGAGUGAUAUCCGUAUUCAUUAGCCGAUUGAAGGGUAUGCAUUGGCGCCAGAAGAGAUGCUCCUGGUAACACGGGAGCAAGGUGCAGCACCUACCUAAACACAUAGCGCAGUAUCAUCGGCUUUCGGUGGCAUAGACCGAGAGGGAGUAUACCUAUCCGACAGGCACAUAUACGCACAUACCAGGGACGCCUAAGCAGCUAGCCAUCCCGGCUGUCCGAAAGCAAGU